UUAUUCUUAUAUUUAAAAUUGGAAUUGCAGGAAGUAAAUUUUGAUAUAUUAUGCAUUGGUAAGAGACAACACAUGUGGGUAUGACAUACUCUUAAUACUCAUAGUCUACAGCUGCUUGGUAGAUGAUUUAGUAUAAGCUAUUAUGUUGAAUAUUAUAUUUAAUGUGUAUUAAUGAUUAUUUCUUGGUUUGUCGAUUUUCAUAGUCAAUUUUACAUACCUCUUUAGGGUCAUUAUCCAACACAUUCUUGGGUGAUAUAUUUUCAUCUGCAUCAAUGAUUUGAUUUUCUUUAAUCUGUAUUGAAUCGUCAAAUGUAGACAAACGAGCCAUAAUAUAUUAACGCAGGUCAAAUAUAUAAAUUAGUUAACUACUGCUCAGUACUUUUACGAUCUUUAGUUAAGUAUAAUAUAUUAAUAUGAACCAAUGAAACAUUAAUUAAGCAUAGACUAGCUGAUGGUGACCAUGACAAAAUAUUUUAUGAAGAUAAUAUGAUAAUGGGUUAUCAGAAAUCUUUUGCAACCAAAAUGGCGGAUGCACAUACCUGCUAUUAUAGUGCUCUACUAAUACAUUAUUAGUGUUUAUUAUUAUAAUAAUUAUUAUGAUAUAAUUAUCAUAAAACAAUGAUAAUACGCUAAUACGCAUGGCUGAAAAAACUUAAUGCCAAUUGUCCUCCAUGAUAUGCCCAAACCCAUAGUUCUUUCUCUCUCACUCUAUCUCGUCCCCAUGAAAUGUAGGCAGGGUGGUGUGGUAAGCGCUGUCCAUUAGUUAAUAGGUCUAUGGUAUAGACCUAGUAUAAUUGUACAAAACUAAGUUGGCUACACUGUUAUAUGGUAUACCAAUAUGUUAUCAGUUCAACAAAAUUUAAAGAUUUUAUGAUUUUUUAAAUGUUCUGGUUAUCACUUUUCAUAAUAUUCUUAACAAAACGGAUAAGCAUAAUACAAUCGAAUUUUAUUUUUGUUCCUCAAAUUUUUUAUUAUUUAUUGUUCUUGGCUACAAUAAUAGGUAAGUAAUAUUGUUGUCUUUUAUUUAGUACUCACACAUUUACAAAUAAAAAUGUUUUAAUUUAAAUUUGUAAUGUGGCCAUUGAGGAAACUAUUUUGUGUUUAAAAUCCACCUAUGGCCACUAGAUGGCCAUAGGUGGAUUUUCAUAAUUCCUUCUAUGGCCAUAUACAUUUAAAAAUGAGCAAAUCUUAUAAUUAUUAGUAAUAGAACCUAAAUCUAUUUCUUUAGCUUAAAUGGCACCUCAUACAAAAAAUAAACCAGUUGCCAAGAGAUUUAAGUACUCGCCAAAUAAAAUAAAAUUAGCUUUAUCUGCAAUGAAAGAAGGUAAAAUACACUGAUCUUUAUACUUUUAGUGCUGGAUAGAUAAAACAAAUACAAAAUUAUGUUUUUAAACAGGUAUGAGCUCUUUAAAAGCAAGUCAAAUGUACAGUAUUCCAUGGACAACUUUAAGAAACAAAUUUUCUGGUAAAUCUCCUGAGGUGUCACUAGGUCACAGUGGUACAUUGUCAAUUUUGGGUAAUGAGAAUGAACAAUUAUUAGUAGAGUGGGUACUUGCUUCCUCAAAAAUGGGCUUCCCUGUGGAUAGAGAAGGAUUAUUAUCUUCAGUAAAAAAACUUGUUGAUGAAUUGAACUUAAAGACACCAUUUACUAACAAUAGACCUGGGAGAAAAUGGUUUUACAGUUUUAUGCAACGCCACAAAAUUCUGUCCCAAAAACAUGCCGAAUAUGUUAAUCGUGCAAGAGGGUCUGUAACUGAAGAGAAAAUAAGGAACUGGUUCACCGAAGUAUAUGGUUUAUUAGGAGAUGAUGCAAUUAUAUUAAAAGAACCAAAAAGAAUAUUUAAUUUAGAUGAGACAUGUUUUAAUUUAGCCCCUAAAGGUGAGUUAAUUCUUGGGGAACGAGGGAAAAAUGUAUACGAUGAACAUUCUAAUUCUAAUAAAGAGAAUAUUACAACUCUUUUCGCAACAAAUGCUUUGGGAACUUGGGCACCUCCUCUUACAUUAUACAAAUAUGAGAGAAUACCAGCUAUCAUCGCUAGGUCUGCGCCACCAAAUUGGGGAAUAGGUAAAUCAGAGAAUGGAUGGAUGACAUCGGAAACCUUUUUUGAGUAUAUGUCAAAUAUUUUUCUACCAUUUCUUAUUGAAAAUAAUAUUGAAAGACCAGUCAUUGUAUUUUUAGAUGGACAUAAAUCACACCUCAGCUUGUAUCUUAGUAAAUUCUGUCUUGAAAAUAAGAUUAUACUGGUCGCUUUAUAUCCUAACUCUACCCAUAUAAUACAACCUCUUGAUGUGGCAGUAUUUGGUCCACUAAAGAGCAAAUGGAAAAGAAUUGUUAAGCAGUGGCGGAUUGAAAAUGAUAAAGAAAUUUCCAAAUUUGAUAUACCCUUAGCUUUGUCUGGCAUUAUUAACAAUCCAGAAAUGAAAACAAACGUUGAAUCCGGAUUUAGAGCAACUGGUUUGUACCCAUUUGACUCCAAUAAUGUUGAUUAUUCUAAAAUAAUUGUCCGGACAAAUCAAUUGAAACAGAUUGAUUUAAAUGUUGAAAAUCUAAUGUCCCAUUUAGUUUUUAUAGAAAACAAAAUAUUUAAAAUUGAUGUAGAUCUAUUAGGUAAAUUUAAAAGAGCUGAAAGAGGAGGUUAUGCAUGGGAUGGAAACGAGGAAGCUGUAUUAUUAUUCAAAUUGUGGCUAGAAGUUAAAAAUGAUAUAAAGAACUAUGAUCACGUUAGUACUUCUACACCUGUUUCAUCACCACCUAUUGAUUAUCAACUGAGCCCAACAAAUUAUAAUGGACCAACUCAUGAUAGACCAACUACUUCCAAUCAAACAUCAGAACAAACAAAUUUAACAUUAUAUGAGGAUUCACUUUCUAAUGAGAAUGCACUACCAAACAAUGGCAUGAGUCAAAACACGUCAUCAAUCACAUCUGAAUCUCAGCAGUCUGUAAGAUCAGAACCAAGUAGUAUUAUAAUGUCAGCCAAAAGAUCUCUACAAAACGUUUUUGAUGACAUAAUUAAGUGGCCAGUACAAAAAGAAACUACAUCAAAAAGAAAAAAAGAAUAUACACCAAGUGUAAUAACAUCUAAAAAAUGGAUAGAAUAUUAUGAGUUAAAAGAUCAAGAAAAAUUAGAUAAAGAGAUACAAAAAGAAAACAAAAAAAAAGCUGCGCAGGAAAAAAAGAAGAAAAUUGAGCAAAAUAAAAUAGAAAAAGUAAAAUUAAAAGAAUUAAAAAAGAUAGAGUUGGCUGAAUCAGAUGAAAGUUCAGAAUUAAAUGAUAGUUGGUGUUCUAGUCAAAGCGAUGCUAGUGAGUCACUUGCCAUUCCAUUGGGACAAUUGGAUUUGGUUUUAAGUAUUACAGACCUUAAACCUGGUGAUUAUAUUCUAGUUAAAUUUGAAUCUAAAAACAAAAAAAAGAUCACCUACAAGUAUGUUGCAACAGUUCAAAAAUUAAUUGAAGAUACAGAUGUUGAGAUACAGUGUUUUGAGGCUGUGGACGAAGAAAAUACUGAAUAUAUUCCAAUAGAAAAUGAUAUAUCUAUGGUUGAGUUAAAAGAUAUUAUAGGAAAACUACCUUACCCUGAACUUAAGAAAAGUGGUAGACAACUUAAGUCAGUAUUUCCUGGAGUUGUUGAUACAUUUGAAAAAUGUUAAAGGUAUUUAAAUAGGUACUGCGUAUGAAAUAUUAUGUUUUUAUUCCUACUGAA